GGAGCCUCCCAGGAGGUUCCGGGUGGGUUUUUUUGGGUGGUUUUGGGUUUUUUUUGUCAUUCAAAAAUCAUUUCCCGGCAGCAAAACCUCGGGGAAAACUCUGGGUUGGGCGUCCCUGGAGAGCAGCGGGAUGUGAUCCAAUCCCAGGAUUUGGUUUGGGUUAAAAUCCUGGGAUUUUCAUCCCUGGAGGUGUCCAUGGAACAGCAAGGUGGGACUUGGUGACAUCUUGGAUUGUUGGAUCCCGGAGCUCUUCUCCAGCCUCAGGGAUCCUGGAAUUCCCUCUCCAUCCACACCCUGAAAAUUGGGAAAAGUGGUGAAAUUUGGAGAAAGAAAAAGGAAAAAAACCUUGGAUUUCAAAGCUUUUCCACCAAAACCAGUCAGGAUUUUCCAGCAUCAGAUCCACAACUGGAUUUUCCCAGCAUUUCCCAGCCUUUCCACCAGGAAGGACCAUCCCCAUCCCCAGCUGAUCCCAAAUCCACCCAAACCCACCCAGAACGAGGAUUUGGCUUCUCCCAGAGCCGUUUGAGGACCCCUCAGCAGGAUGAUGGAACUCUGGCGGAAAAACCAAACCCGUUCUCUGCUUCCUUCUGCUUUUUCCUCUUCCAUCUCCGGGGCGCGGAGCACAGCCUCCGUGCUUUGAAUAAUUUCCGAGCGAAGGGGAUAAAAGGCAAAGGUUUAGCUCAAUCAGCCCCAAAAACAGGAAAUGAGAGGGCCGGGGGUGAAGCUCUUCCUGCCAGCACCUGCUCCGAGCCCCGGAACCGCGGAGGCUCCGUGAUCCCGGCAUGGGCUCCGGGGCUUGGCUCCGGCUGCUCCUCACCCUCGCCGCUCUUGGGGGUAUGUGGGGGAUCAGUGCCCGGGUGACGCAGCUGGGGACUCUGGGGGAACGGACGAUCCUGCAGAUCCCCCGCAAGCUGUGGGAGCCCACCAAAGAGUUCAAGGAAGCCUCCUGGAAGAAAAUCACCGAGGAGCCGCUCAAGAAGAAACUCCUGCUGAAGAUUUCGGGCGAGAACCACACGGAGUUCGAGCCGGAGCGGAUGCGCUUAGGGGAGAACUUUUCCCUGGAAAUCCUCAACACCAGCCGGGAUGACGGGCGGCUCUACGAGUACAGCGUCUACCGGGGCUCGGACGAGGAGGUCUGGCAGAUCCAGCUGGAAGUUCUUGAGCCGGUGGCCGUUCCCAGCAUCCGGAUCCUGCGCCAGGAAUCGUCCAACGGGAGCUGCUGGCUGGAGCUGAGCUGCUCCUCGGAGCGGGGGGACGAGGUUUCCUACAGCUGGGACAGCGGAGACAGCGGGGAGAGCCGGGACAGCAACGGCACCGGGGCGCUCUGCCGGGCCAACGGCAGCGUCCUGAGGCUCCGGUUCCCGCUGCGGAGCGCGGCCUUCGGCUGCGUCUGCACCGCCCGCAACCCCGUCAGCUCCCACAACGCCACCUUCGACACCGACCAGUGCGGAUCCCUGCACAGGGGUGUCCCUGGGGUGAGGACAGAGCUCCUGGUGCCUCUGGUGGUGCUCGGUGUCAUCGUCAUCAUCGUCAUCGUGGUCAUUGUCACCUUCAGGGCCACCCGCUCGGCCAAAUGUGACCCGGACCCCUCCCAGGUCACCCCGGACCCCUCCCAGGUCACUCCAGCCAGUGCCACCAUCUACGCCCAGGUGCAGCGGGUGCAGAAGCCCAAAGGCACCGUCCCCAACGCCACCCCCGUGUCCUGCACCACCAUCUACGCCGCCGCCACCGGGCCACCCCCGACCCCCAAUGGAGCCCCCCGGUCCCCGGCUGUGUCCCCAACGCCGCGGGGACGCCCCCCGCUGUCCCAGGAGCCCACGACGGUUUACGCCAGCGUGACCCAUCCCGUGGCCUGA